AUGAAUCAAAUUGAUGAUGAUCAAAUGGUACUCAUUCCUCAGUACUAUCCUGGAGUGAUAUACGACCAACUCCUUCCAGAACAAGUGGAAGCAAAGCCCAGGAUUAGGCGUAGGCGAAAGAAGAACAAAGGCGAGGCGGGGAGCAGUGGGGCGAUGAGGAAGAGAAAGCUGAGUGAACAACAGAUGAAUCUAUUGGAGCAAAGUUUUGAAGAUGAACACAAAUUGGAGUCUGAGAGGAAGGACAGGCUUGCCUCGGAUCUCGGUCUUGACCCUCGACAAGUUGCGGUGUGGUUUCAAAACAGAAGAGCUCGAUGGAAGAGCAAGAAGAUGGAGGAAGAAUACUCCAAGUUGAAGACUCAACAUGAAACCACUGUCGUUGAGAAAUGCAGGCUUGAAAACGAGGUUUUAAAGCUAAAAGAACAGCUAUGUGAAGCGGAGAAGGAGAUACAAAGUUUAACUGAGCGAUUUUCGAGCAAAAGUCCGAGUUCUUCUUUCUCGAUGGAGGCACCUUUCUUAGGGGAAUUUGGAAUGGAGGGAUUAGAGAAUGUGUUUUACGUGCCAGAAAACAAUUAUAUUCAUGGGUAUGAUUGGGUUAAUCUUUAUGCAUGA